AUGGCUCCAGGACUUGUGUCUGAUCAACCUGAAAGCGCUUUCCUCGAUACUAAGCCAACCGUAUAUGUCUUGGAUUCAUUCCAGCCUGAGAUCAUCGACUUCUGCAAACAUAACUUCAACGCGAUCCUACCUGGACAAUCCGAACAUGCCAACUGGAGGGAAAACGCUCGUUUCCUCCUUGUGCGGAACUCGCGUCUUACAGCCGAGGAUAUCGCUGCUUGCCCACAUCUUCUUGCAAUAGGAAAGCAAGGUGUCGGUAUUGACAAGAUCGAUGUUGAUGACUGCUCCAGACGCGGCAUCAAGAUCUUCAACACACCCGGCGUCAAUGCACGAGCUGUGGCUGAACUUGUCCUGGCUCUGACAACGGCCGUAGCAAGACAAGUGGGAAGCAUUACACGCAAGCAAACUUCUGGUCUUCUUGUGCCCAAGGAGAAGUGCACGGGUAUCAUUUUGCAUCGCAAGACAAUUGGCAUACUCGGCAUGGGCAACAUUGGAAAGGCCGUUGCCCAGAUCUUCCGCGGAGCGUUUGAAGCUGACAUUGUGGCCUACGAUCCCUACUUACCUAACGAGGCCUGGACUGACAUCCCUCAUCACCGGGCCCAGACGGUGUCAGAUCUGAUAUCAGUUUCCGACGUUGUGACGGUCCACAUGCCGUUGACAUCCUCCACCAGAGAUCUCAUUGGCUAUGAACAAUUCAAAAUCAUGAAGGAAACAGCCAUAGUUAUCAACACAGCUCGGGGAGGUAUCAUAAACGAGUGUGGACUAGAACAAGCCUUAUCGGAAGGCCUCAUCUGGGGUGCCGGCUUAGACUGCCACGAGGAGGAACCCCCCAGCAGGGAGAAGUACGGAUCCUUAUGGGACGUUGGUGCGGUCAGUACACCGCAUAUUGGAGCAGCAACGAGAGAGACUCAAGUCCAAACGGGCAUGGCGGCAGCUACUAAGCUGUUUGAAUAUGCCAGAAGUAGGGCGUAG